UCAAUAAUGAGGGCAAUUCCAACAGUGGGGUUAAACGUUUUUGACGUUAGCGUGUUGUCCAAGUGUUCCUGCCACAGUUUGCUUUUCGUUUUCGUGUCGGACGUUUGUGCUAGUGUCAAACGAAGGCUUGUUACAUUAAAUUUGUGUACUCUCUACUUCAGGUUCAGUUACAAACGAAAGGAAACCUGUUAGCAUGACGAGCAGUAUAGUGUCAGUUGUAGCGCUUGUGCUCGUAACCGUGGAGUAGUAUGGAAGGCAAAGCGGUGCCUGGAGAUGGCCUGCACACCAGAGGAUCUGGAGACUGAGUUAUUCUACCACAGCCUGUCCCAUCAAUCGGAGAUGUGUCAAAAGUUGCACAACAAACGCAAAAAUAAUAUGACAAACGAGAUCCAAGAGAACGGUUCCGAGAGAGGAGUGUCGCCCUUCCAUGCCCUGAUCAUUGUUGCCGUGUCGUCUAUAAUAUCGUGGACUAUAGCUUCUGUGACAAUCCUGUAAACGUAGAUUCUGCAAUACAAAGAAUAUGAGUAAAGCUUCGUGUAAGACAGAAA